AUGUCUACCACGGAAGACCCUGUUGCUACAGCUCCUGAAGAUGUCGAGGCUCCCACUUCCGAGCCUGCUGCAGCUGAACCUGUCGCUGAGGAGCGUGCCGAGUCUGGCGCGGAGACAACUGAAAUACCUCCUCCGCAAACACCGGUAGAGGCCGAUUUUAUGUCCGGGGAAGAAUCCAAGUCGGAAGCUGUGACCAGUCCUGAAGUUGGAAAAACGAAUGCGUCGCCCGCAAAGAAGCCAACUACAACCACCAAACGACCUGUUACAAGCUCGACGGCGACGAAGCGGACCACUGGCUCGAUUACUGCCGCUGGUACCAAACCAGCAUCUCGGACUUCAACUGGUGGUAACACAUUGAGCAAGCCACCCACACGUCCGACCACAACCUCUUCGAGUACAGUGCGUAGGCCACCAAGUGUCAGCACUACUGCUACCCAUCGGUCGCGAGCUUCUAUCAGCAGCUCCGCAGAUGAAAAAUCCUCCAAGGUGGCUAGUUCCGGCGAUGAGAAGAAGGGUAUAUCCAGCGCUGCGAAGCGCAUGUCUCUCGCAGGCACCCCGUCUUCACGAGCACCAGCGAAGACUACAACUUCUACUGCGAAUCGCCGAGCAAGUGUGAUUGGGUCCACUGCUGACAAAAAGCCAGCUUCCUCGACUACAGCUAGUAGAACGAGUACUACAAGCAGACCAUCCACGGCCACUACGGCACCUCGUACCUCUACCACAGCAACCACCCGUACGGCAGUUCGUCCCACUACCACAGCAGCCGCCAGGCCACCAACCACCGCCACUAAGCGUUUGAGCACCGCACCGGAUGCCAAGACUGCUUCUACCGAUGCGGUGAAGCUCGCAGAACUCCAGGAGAAAUUAUCCGAGAGCGAGAGCAGUAUUGCAAGCUUGAAAGCAGAGUUGGAGGCUGCUCAAGAGAAGAUGGCCACCUUCGCCCAAUCUGCCGAAGCAGAAUCCCCAAAGGUUGACGGUGCUGUGGAGGCAAUUCGAGCUGAGCAUGUCGCCAAGAUCGACAAACUCGCUUUGGACCAUGCGCAGGAGAUUCAACAACUACAAGAGAAACUCGAAGCAGCCGAGACGAAGCACAAGAACUUGGAAGUCAAAUCGUUACAGGAUUUGGAGGAAGCCAAGAAGUCCGCGUUAGACCAAAAUGGCUCCCAGACGACAUCGAUGCUGGAGGAGCUGAAGGCAACUCAUCUGGCCGAGCUUCAGCGCCUCCAGACUGAUCUAGAAAACGAGAAGGCGUCUGCAGCAGAGACUGCAUCACAGAUCAGUCGUUUGAUUGAAGAGCUUGAAGCACAAAAGUCUGCGGCUGAAGCAGCUUCGAAAGCAGCCGAUGAAAAGGAAGCUGCUGCCCAUGAAAGACACUCGAGUGUUGUUGAGCAGCUUGAAAGGGAGCUGAAGGGACGGGACCAAGUGGUUGAGAACCUGGAAAUAGAAUUAAAGAAACUCUCUGAAAGCAAGGAGAAGGAGAUCGCCUCUGAGAAGGAAUCGUCGACUGAGAAAGUAUCAUCAUUGGAAGCGAAGAUUGCGGAACUUGAAGGCAAACUAGCUGAGGCACAGUCGUCCCUGACGGACUCUGAAAAAGCUGGCAAAGCUCUAGCCGAAAAGGAAUCUGAAAUUGCUGAACAGACCGAGGUCAUAAAGGCAUUGAAAGCUGAGAUUGAUCAGUACAGGGCCACCACGGAGUCCCUAACCGCAGAAAUUGAGUCCUUGAAAGCAGCUUCGGGAGAUGCGGAGACGCAGACGAAGGAUCUUGAGGCUUCCCACGCGCGUAACGUUGCCGAGCUCAAGGCAGAGCACGAAUCAAAUGUUACCACACUCAUCGCCAACCAUGAGCAAGCGCUCUCUGAGAAGUCUAAGGCCUCUGAAGCCGAGCAGCGUCAGCUGCGACAGGAGCUUGAGGCUUCCAAAGCGCUCCAGACCGAGCUCGAAUCAAAACUCACGGAAGCUAACUCCACAAUUGACAACCUCAAACAGGAAUUUGAACAGAACAUCAGCUCCGCCAACAAUGACGCUGCACAGGAGAUUGAGUCCCUGAAGGAGAAGGUGACUUCAAUGGAGGAAUCGUUGAAACUUGAUGCCGACAAGAUCAAAGCUCUUGAAACAGAUCUGAGUGCUAAGCAGGAAGAACUCAGCUUGCUGCAAAAUAAGUUGCAGGAAGAAGCUGCAGCUGCUUCGCGAUCCGCACAGGAGCUGGCCCAGGAGUCUAGCAAGCUUUCUGAAAAACACGCACGUGCUAUUGAAACCCUAAAAUCUGGCCAUUCUUCUGAAUUGGAAAAGUUGACAUCCACUCAUGCGGAAACCCUUCAGUCCCUCCAGUCUAGCUAUGACGAACUACUCAAGUCUAAGGAAGCACUCGAAUCCGGUCAUGCCGAGAAGCUGCAAAUUCUCGAGAGUCAGCUGGCCGCUGUUCAGCAAGAGAGUUCUUCCCAGUCCUCUACUCAGCUCCAAGCUCAUCAAGCUGAGAUUGAGGCCUUGAAGAAGGAACAUGAGGAGAAGUUGCAGGCUCUUGACAAUCAGCUCACUGCCGCUCAGCAAGAGACUUCUUCUAAAUCCGCCUCUCAACUCGAAACUCAUCAAGCAGAAAUUGAUGCCUUGAAGAAGGAGUAUGAAGACAAGCUACAGAAUCUUGAAACCCAACUCACUGCUGCACAAGAAGAGACGUCUACCAAGUCCGCUACUCUCGAAUCUCAUCAGGCAGAAAUUGAUGCCUUGAAAAAGCAAUAUGAGGAGAAGCUACAGGCCCUUGAAAACCAGCUCACUGCUGUUCAAGAGGAGACAUCUACCAAGUCUGCUGGCCAAGCUGAAGCUCACCAGGCAGAGAUUGAUGCGUUGAAGAAGGAAUAUGAGGAGAAGCAUGCUUCUCUGAAAACGGAAUGGGAAACCGCUCAGGCUUCAAAAGCUGCUGAAACGGACUCUGACCACAGCCGAGUCAUUGAAGAGCUAUUGACCGCUCACGAGGCCAAGUUAACCAGCUUGCGCAAUGAGCUUGAGUCAUCAUACCAAGAGAAGCUCGAUUCUUUGCAGAAGUCUCAUGAUACUGUCUUGGCUAAUGUCAGCGAACAGCUUAACAAGGCUAAUCAAGCUGUUGCCGAUACCUCAGUUGUUGAUAAACUGAAAGAGCAAGUUACUGAGCUCACGACCAAACUCAGUGCAGCAGAAGAGAAGUCUUCGACUUCUACCGUAGAACUCACUGCCGUUCGGGACGAGUUGGAUGCUCUGAAGAAAACUUAUGAGGAGAACAGCGGCGCCUUGGAGUUAGCCAUUAGCCGGAACAAGUCUAUCGAAGAGCAAAUCGCCAGGAAUGAAAAGGAACUAAAUGAGCAAAUCGAGAAAAACAUGUCUCUGUUGACACAAUUGGGUGACGUCGACUCGAAUAUCUCCCAAAGUCGCAAGCGCAUUCGUGAGUUGGAAGCAGAACUAGAGACUCUCAAGGGAACUUCUACCAAUGCAAAGACACCAACUACGAGCAAUCUACUUGCUAGCAGAUGGGCCACAACUGAGGGAGAAACGGAAGAAAAGGGGGUUGCAUCUGCGGAAGGUGAGGAACUUGGUUCUUCCAUAGAGGGAACGAUGGCGAGCAUUCAGGAACAGAUUAAACAGAUUCGAGCGGCAAACGAUGAUUGGUACGAUGAACAUCGCAGAAUUGUCGGUGAACUCGUACAGGCUUCUCGCAAAACAACGCCAGACCCCUCCUCCAAAGAGACGAGCUUGAAAUCCCCGAUGUCUCUCAGUCAAACAACAACAACACCAACCACUGAUCACCAUCCAGAAGAGGAAACCGCCUAA